AUGAAUGGAGCUCUCAUCCCAGGCACGCCCAUUGCAGUGGAUUUUUGGAGCAUCAGGAAAGCCAGCCAUGCUCGCUUGUUCUUUCUCUCCCACAUGCACUCUGACCACACAGUGGGGUUAUCCAGCACCUGGCACCAGCCCAUCUACUGCUCCCCCCUUACGGGACGAAUCCUGCACCACAGGCUGAAGGUGGCGGAGCGCUGGAUCCAGCCCCUGGAAGUGGGCCAGAGCCACCUGGUGGCCCUUGAUGAGGUUGGUAAAACGACCAUGACGGUGACCCUGAUAGAUGCCAACCACUGCCCUGGCUCAGUCAUGUUCCUCUUUGAGGGCCCCUUUGGUGUCAUCCUCUACACAGGUGACUUUCGUUACACUCCCACCAUGCUGCAGGAACCGGUGCUAAGGAACCAGAAACGAAUUGACGUUCUCUACUUGGACAACACAAACUGCGACCCCCUGGGCGACCUGCCCUCCCGCCAGCAGGCCACCCAACAGAUCAAAGAGCUGAUCAAGGCCCACCCAGAUCACGAGGUCAAGAUUGGGGUCUACAGCCUGGGCAAAGAGUCGCUCUUGGUGGACUUGGCCUUAGAGUUUCAGACCUGGAUUGUGGUGAGUCCCAAGAGACUGGAGCAGAUGAAAGUGCUGGGCCUGGUGGACGUCUUCACUGCUGAGGAGGGGGCUGGCUGGAUCCACGGUGUGGACAUCUCUGAAAUCUGCUGGGAAGCCAUGAUCAGCUGGAACCAGCAGCGCCCCACCAUUGCCAUUCUCCCCACCAGCCGCCCAGUGAAGAUCCCCCACCCCAGCGUUCACCUCGUGCCCUAUUCAGACCACUCCUCCUUUUCGGAGCUGCUGGAGUUUGUACAGUGGCUGAAGCCCUGCUCCAUAGUUCCAAUUGUCAAGAGAAACGUGUGCCUGCCGUACUUGGAGAAAUACCUGAGCUCCAACCACAAGGCGUCACCUGAGCCCGGGAUUCCAGAGUCUGGGCAAAAGUUCACACAGCUGAGAGAGAGCAGGGAGCAGCAAAGAGCCACCCAGCAGCCUGUGCCUACGAAGGACUCCUUUGCAUUCCCAGAGAAAUGUACGGACUGGCUGGAGCAUUUCGGGGAUGUGACGAUUGGCCAGCAGAGCUCCUCAGAGCAGCCUAGGGACCCCAACACCCGUUUGCAAGGUGGCUCUAUGUGUUGCAGGGGAGAGAGAAAGGGAAUCAAAGUGGAGUUAUGCCGGCUGCAUGGUGCCCAGAGGCAGCUUUUUUCAGCACAGCCCAAUACACAGACACCUGCCAGAACGCAGCCACUGCCGCCCAAGGACACCGGUGCCCGGACGUCCCAAAGCAGCACAGAGGGCACAGCACGGUCACACACGAGUUCUUUAUCCUGGCAAACAGGAAAGAAAUACGCCUCCCACGCCAGCCCAUGCCAGCCUCCCCUGCGGGACUGGGUCCCCUUAACGCUGGCCUCUGUGCAGAAGAAGGCCGCUUUCCCCUCACACAAACAGAGUUUAACCUUCCUGCAGACUGAGGAAUUUCUUCCCCCAGGAGCAGCUGGUGACCGUGUCACCCUGGCCAGCUGGCCCCCUGUGGCCAGCAGUCAUGUUGCCUGUGGGCUUGCGGAGGAGUAUUUGAUUGCUCCAUUAAACACCCUAAAGCAAUACUCUGCAGAGAGCUUUGACCGGCAGAUCGAACACUAUUUCAGGAGAGAGGAGGGGCCCUAA